AAAGUUACUGUUCCUAUUUUGGUGGGAAAAGUCAAUUUAACAUAAACAAAAACCUCAAGGGAAGAACUUUUCAAAGCUGCUUCUGAUUAUGCAAAUGUUCAUAGGGGCUUAGCUGCUGCAAAAAUAAUCCUGUGUGUGCUCUUGAGUUAUUAAAUAUCCUCCCUUUCUGGGUGGAGAAGGCACCGUGCCCCUGGGGUAGCAGGGAACUCACUCGUGUGUUCAGGAACAGGACACUGGGACGGGGCUGGUGCUGCAGAACUGCCAGCUUUGAGUGCCUUUGUGACACUUUUAUAAGACUUCCAAGAAAUGGAUAAAAACUAAAUCAAGUAUUUUGAGUUAGAAGAGUGUAACAAGGUUUUUUGCUUAUGUGUACAUGUAGAUAAAUAUAACUAUUUCCCUUUCUUUCAGCUUCUCUUCCUGUCAGUUAGUGCUGUGAGAGAAUGGGAGGCAUUUACUCAAAAGCAGAUCCAGUUGAACCAAAAACCAUUUCUACUACUACCACUGUCCCCAGCACUGUCCCCACCACCGUCCACACCCCUACAGUUGAUUUCAAAGCUGCAGAAGCCAGAUGCUGGAUUAAUAACCAUGAAAUACUCUACAUGUCGCUGGCCUUCAUCUCUGGCAUCCUCCUGACCCUCCUGGUCUUUGCAAUCAUCUUCCUCUUCAGGAAAAGUUCCAAAAGAUCCCACCAAAAUUUACAAGAGGAAACUUUAUUCCAGAUGACAGCUGAGGAAUCUCUUAGGAACACACAGAAUGAAGUGACCUACAGCACUCUGGUCUUCCAGCGGGGCAGGACACCACUGCCUGUGUGAUGAGGAAGUUCCAAAUGAAAUAAGAAUGUUCCCACUCUCUGGACAUCAAAAGCCACGAGGAUGUUACACCGAGGAAUGCCCUGGGAAUGCCCCCGUGCCCUCUGUAACACAGCUCUUUUUGUAGUUAUGACAGGAAAUUGUCUCCUGUUCCAAAGUGGUUGCCAACGGCUGUGGGCAAAUGGAGAGUUUCUGUACAGGAUUUCCUCGUCUGUGGAAAUCUCCCUGCCCUUGUAAAGUUUCCGUUUGUGACAACUACCAGUGAGAAUUGAGAACUGAAAAUGUUUCUCUGCAUCUAUCCAUGAGAUCUAUAGCAUGCCUUUAUGUUUCCCUUUUCUGUCACAAACUCUAAUAUUUUUCUUUUUUUUUGAUUGCCAAGUGCUCUGCUUAGUUAUUUUCUGGUAUUGAAGUGAUGAUAAUGAAAUGUUUGGAUCUCUGUGGCCUGGUUGGAUCCCAUAAAAGAAAUGCACAAUCACAGUGUGACAGCCAGAAUCUCUGGGGAUGUUCAUUCACAUGUUGUAACCACAGUG